AUGCUCCCUCACCCCAUACUGGCAUCAGAGGAUGACAAGGAAUUUGUAGUUCGAACGAUUACGAAUUUGCCUCAAAUCUUAAGUAAAUUUUUUAGUAGUUUGGAAGCGGUUUACAUUGAUUGUAAAGGCAGUGAGUACAGGACCCAAGCAGGCAUUUUGUAUUUAACUGUUCAAAGGCAGCUUCAAAUAUUGUGUCGCAUACCUAAUAAUUCAUUCCGUGUGAUCAAUAGUAAAAAUAAAAAAGCUAAGCUAGAUAAAGAGCUUCCGAAAUUGCUCAAUCGUCUUGGUAUGUUGUUCCUAGAUAAUUUGAUCGGACUUGGACCGGAGGCACUUUCAUGGAAAAGGUUAUGCUUACAAUUAGCCGAGGACUGUGUAGAGCAUAUAGACCACGCACGCAUAGUAUUUCCGAUGUGGAUGAAGAUAAGCCGAGAACUAAUGACAAUGAACUCUCCGCUUUUUAUUUUUACGAAUAUAAUGUAUUGCGUACUAGUAUUCUUAUGUGUAUGCAUUAUGAUGAUUAUUGCAUGCUUUACGCCGCCUAUAAGGGUUGGAAUUCCUAUUGGCAUCAUCACAGCCUUCCUCUUGUUAUUAGUGUCUGGUAUUCAGUUUAUAAACUUCAUUUCUUCUGUGUGGUCAUUGAAUAUUCUGUAUACGAGGAUGGUUGAGUUACACACAAUCAAUUAUACUGACACGAUGUGUGUGACACCAACAUCAGAGGAGUUUUUGGUGCCCAGUUUCAAGAAGCAAAAUGCUGUUACUCAACUAGACAUCUCUACUGACAAUGUUGGAACAACUGUGACUGGGAAACAUACAAAGGGGGCUUAUUACACGAUUCCUUAUUGUAAUGGUGUUGGUUACAUUGAUAGCAGACGGUUGGAUGAGCAAGUAGUUAUGAUUGCAUACGAUAAGAAUUUCCGAAUCACACGCUGGAACAUUGCUGCCGAGGAGCUUACUGGUUUUCUAGAAAAAGGAUGCAUUGGUAGGCCAUUGUCUGAGUUGGUGCAAUGUUCUAAUGAAAAGAGCAUAUGCGACGAGCUUCGUCGCACACCGCGCGAAAAGAUGAUCAAAUUAAAACUUCGAGCCUUGGCUAUGAAGCCAACGUUGCUUUACACAGCUGUAGCUCCAAUCCUUGAUUCCGAAAGAAAAGAAAUAGGCAACAUUCUUGUUUGCACCAAUACAAAGGAUAACUUGCAUGAGUAUCGGAAUUAUAUCAGUGAUUAUGCGACCAACGAAAUAUGUGAGUCGUUGUCCGUCAUAUCCAAACGUAAAUCCAUUUCUCCUCAAGAUGCAGUAUCACUGAAUUUUUUGCAUAAAUUUACUGAGAACAAUUACGUACAAACAAUAAUAGAGCUUUCUCACGGUGUGGCCACCGACUGGGAGUGGACAAAUGUAGAGCAACUCAUUGGUAAAGGUCUCAGUACGAAUCUUAGUCGAUGUAAAGUUGUUGUUGAUCCACUAUUUCCGCAGACAUUAUAUUUAAGCCCAUUUGAUGCUAAGGCGAUUCGUGCUGUGUCUACUUUGAUAAAAGAGAGGAGUGUUGUGAGUUUUAGAGUACUUAAUCCCACAGGGAAUGUUUUUAGCUUAAGCGUAUCAAUUCGUACAUGUGAUAGUAAUCCGAAAUGGAGUCCUGAACGUGUGGAAGAAUUAUUGAGACCGUUCCUUAAGAACACUCUUGUUAACAUUUAUUUUUCUAGUCAAAAUGUUGAGCUUCGCUUCCCGUGCCAGAUAGCAACCAUCUUGGAUGAUACUUCGGGCAUAUCGAGGGCAAAUCUAGCUGUACAUCUUUCUCAAGCUCGGGCAGCCAUUAGCUCUACUGUAAACGUUGUAACGCUUAUCAAGAAUAUGGCAGAUCAGUACAAUCUUUCCCUUAUUUUGCUGAAGACAAUGUUUGUGACAUUGGCAAAUGUCCAAGAACGCGCGGAUUUAGAGUGCAGACUCACCGCACGACCCUGUGAAGUAGAUGUAGUGAUUUGUGACAGCGAGUGGCUUUGCACUGCUAGGGAAAUACUCUUAACAAAUGAUCAUGGUGCCAUUAUCAUUCCCAUUAUGGACUCUGAAAUAGCACUUUCUUAUGCGUUCAAAUUUACGAUUUGCAUGCCGAUGGUUGCUCGUGAUUUGCUCCAAAUGAUGAUAGAGGUAGGUAAAGUAGUGUCUGAGAAAAAGAGCGCUGCAACUGUACAUGAAGAGCGUGAGCGCAUCUUGACUCUCAGGCAUGAUUCUCCUUGGACUAAGGGCCGUCUUUUGGGACGCGGAUCAUAUGGAGCUGUCUAUGAAGCUACAAGUGACAUGACUGGAGGGAAGAUGGCAGUCAAAAUGUUUUAUUUUAGUGCUGAUCGAGAGGAUCUGAGCACAAAUUUACUUAAUGAGAUCAAAAUAAUGUGCAGUCUCAAUCAUCCGAAUAUUGUGCACUAUUUUUAUUGCGAGCGCAAGGACAGUGAUGUAAGCCUGUUUAUGGAGCUAUGUGAUGCCUCGCUGACUGAUGUUAUUCUUCGUCGUUAUCCAAAGCCACCAAAGUUGAGCGUGAUACAAAUUAUCAAACAGGUUUUGGCUGCUAUUGAAUAUUUACACAGCCGUGGUAUCGCGCAUCGUGACAUCAAACCUCAGAAUAUUUUGGUCAAAGGGGAGAAAAUAAAGUUGACUGACUUUGGUACGGCGCGUCAGGGUGGCGCUACUAGGGGGGUCCAGGGGACCUUUCGCUACAUGGCACCUGAAGUUUACAAGGGUCAGCCACACUCUUUACCGUGUGAUAUAUGGUCCAUUGGUUGUUUAGUAUGUGAAUUUUUUGCAUGUCCACCAAAGUUUAUGGAUCAUGCUUCUCUUUUAGGAGAAAUGACCUCUCCUUCAGUUUACCUUGAGGAUGUUCCACCUAAUGUAUUGUUUCGUGAUUUUAUUUACAACUGCAUUAGGCUGGACCCAGAGAAGCGAAGCACAUCCCAAGAACUUUUGUCACAUCCUUUCCUAACAUCUAGCGAAUAUUCACCAGAUCCGGAAAGAAUGUCGACUAUAUUCGAUGAAGAAUAUAACACUAAUCAACUCUACACUGGAAAGCAAUGUGUCUUUUCUAUAUCUUCAACAUAA